AUGAACAACCAGGCGCGGGCCCAAGCCCCCUCCCUGGCCCGGACCUCCGUCUCGGUCCGGGCUUCGACUCCGGUCAGGACCUCGAUCCCAGUUCGGACCUUGACUCCCGUCGGGACCUUGACCCUGUCUCAGACCCCAACUCCCGUCCGGGCCUCGACUCCGUCUCGGACUCCGACUCCGGUCCGGGCCUCGACCCCGGUCCGGCCCGCGACUCCGGUCGGGACCUCGACCCCGGUCCGGCCCCCGACUCCGGUUCGGGCCUCGACCCCCAGCCGGACCCCGACUCCGGUCUGGCCCCCGACCCUGGUCCGGAUCCCAACCCCAACCCCAACCUCAUCCUCGGUCGCUGCCGCGAACUCCGCCCUACCUGUGGAUCCGCCCCCAGAACCUGCUCCAGGGCCCACUUUGUCGCCCGAUAAAGACCCUGCGCCCACAACGCCGAGUGUGAAGCAUGUCCCAUCAGUCGCCAAUGGAUUCCGGCCCACCCAGGAGCCCCUUCCUGCGCCCCCUCCAUCGGCCACUGAUUUGCUGGGGCCCACCCCGAGCUCAGACCCAUCCACCACCAAGUGGACAGAUCCCAAUUCUGUACCUAUCGUGCCCAUCCUGGGGACCCUCCCGACGGCCACACCAAUUCCUACCAACACCUUCGCCUCCACCAGUGAGAACUUCCAAGUGGACAACAAGAUCACGAUUCGAGUGAUCUACUGCGGCCUCUGAAGCUAUGGCCUUCGGUACAUUCUGCUGAGAAAGAGUCUGGACCAGCAAUUCCCAAACCGUCUAGUCUUUGAGGAGGACGUAGGCGCCCAGGCUUCGGGGGAGUUUGAAGUGUUUGUCGAAGGGAAACUGGUCCAUUCGAAGAAGAAAGGCGAUGGCUUUGUGGAUGAGGCCAGGCUGCGGAAAAUCGUGAGCGCUAUCAAUGAGGAGAUCAAGAGAAGGUAG